UCCCAACCUGAUCCAUAUGUAAUAUUACUUUCCAUCUUAACUUAAUCUCCUUUGCAAUCCUCCCUCCACCCCGCAUCCAAUGCAAUUUUUGGAAAUACUUUUAUCUAAAUACAAAAAUGCCCUUUGUGCUUUUCGGCUCCCUUGGGCCAAGCCUCAACUUUUUGGAAGCUACUACCAGGUAUAUGGUGCCCACUGCCCACAAUCUGCUACCCAAUUUUCUCCCUCCAAUAAAAAGCAAAAUUGAAACCCUUCAAAAGAAAACUGAGAAUAGGGUUUCUGCAGCAACUAACCCUGAAAAAAUGGGUUCCAAUUGGUAGCAGAUUUUCAAACACUGAGGUAGGUAAGCCAAAAACUUGACAUUUUCAAAGUCUCCUUCCCUUGUUUUCCACACUCUUGGUAACUUGGCUUUCAUGUCAAAGCAAGGCCAAUAUAUAUAUAUAUAUAUAUAUAGUAUUUUUUUUCACCAAAUCUCCUUUUAAAGCAAUAUAAUACAUCACAAAUCUGAGUCGAGAAUUGAUUUUUCUUUAAUGGAUUUCUUCUGAAUGCAAGAAAAAAAUGACCCUUUUGCUUGAAUUAUGAGUUGGGUUUGAUAUCUAAAGCAAGCAAAAGAUAUUAGGUUUUUGGGUUAUCUAUAUCUAUAUAUAUAUACAUGGCACACUCCGUUGAUUUCCUGGAAUUUGGGUGAAGUUAUGGGUUUUUAGCAUGCCCAUUUGCUAAAAAUGCCUUGGAUUCAAUCCCAAAUCAAGCAAAAAGAUGGUCUUUUGACCCAACCUCCUCUCUCUCCUCUUCUCUCCUCUUCUCUCUCAUCCUCAUCCUCAUCCUCAUCCUCAUCCCCAUCUUCAUCAUCAGGGAGUAAAAUAAGCCCAGCAGUUCUUUUCAUCAUAAUUAUAUUAGCUGUUAUAUUCUUCAUCUGUGGUCUCGUCCACAUGCUCGUUAGAUUUGUGAUAAAGCAAAGGUCGUCUUCCUCAUCAAUCUCUCAGUCCAAUAGGCACCUAGAAAUGUCUGGUUCCGACGCUUUCGAGAGGCAGUUGCAACAAUUAUUUCAUCUUCACGACUCCGGCCUAGAUCAGGCUUAUAUAGAUGCGCUCCCCGUGUUCCUCUACAAAGAAGUAAUAGGCCUGAAGGAGCCUUUCGAUUGUGCUGUGUGUCUGUGUGAAUUCUCAGAACAGGACAAGCUGAGAUUGCUUCCCUUGUGUAGUCAUGCUUUCCACAUCGAUUGUAUAGACACAUGGUUGCUGUCGAAUUCGACUUGUCCACUUUGCAGAGGCACCCUUUUCACGCCUGGGUUUUCUAUUGAAAACCCUGUUUUUGCUUUUGAUGAUUCGAGGGUAGAAGAUGGGGUUUUGGGCAAUGGAGUGGUUGGGGUUCCUUGUGGUCAGAAGCCAGCUGAGAUUGAGAUUGUUGGUGAAAGGAGGGUUUUCCCAGUGAGUCUUGGCAAAUUCAGAACCACAAAUGAUGGCGGUGGCGGUGGCGGUGGCGGUGUUGGUGGUGGUGGAGGGGAGGAGAGAGGAGGUGGAGAGACUAGUAGUAGUAGUUUGGAUGCAAGGAGGUGUUUCUCAAUGGGGUCAUACCAGUAUGUGGUGGAUUCAAACUUGCAAGUGGCAUUGUGCCCUAAUAGGGGUAAUGGUAAUGGUGGUGCUGGUGGUGCUAAUGUGAGGGUUGUGAAAGGCAGAGGAGGACACAAUGGGAAUUCCUCAAUUGAUGGGGAUGUUGAGGGGAAGAAAAUCAACAUUAGAAGUAAAGGUGAAAGCUUUUCUGUUUCCAAGGUGUGGUUGUGGCCAAAGAAGGGUAAAUUCCCAAGUUCUUCAGAUACUCAUAUGGUUAGUUUGCCAUGGACUGAGAGAACUCAAGCUACAUGAAGAUGGCAAUGUUGUUACUUUAUCUUUUUCAUUUAAAUUCCACACACUUGUAAGUUUGAGCAAAUACUUUUCUUGUUGUCAUCAUAAUAUUAUUCUUCUGUAUUAUAUACUACUCCCUUAUGGUCCAUAAACUAAACCAGUAAGCUCUAAACCCUUGUAGAUUGAUCAAAAUCUGAUAUGAAUUUGUAUUGGGUUGUUUUUUUAUUCUACUGUGAUUUUAUGUAAUUAUAUAGAUACAACAUAUGUCUCAAAAAUGCAUUUGAUAGUGGCCAUAUGGUGAGAGGCUAUGUCACAUGGAGUCUAUGUGAAGCACAUGGAAUCUUUCACAGUAUGUGAAGCACUCGUGUCCCUGACUCGUUAUUCGGACAUGGUAUGGAAUAUAUGUUCGGCACUUCUACGACCUAUAAGAUGAUCAAGGAUGCUUGUUUUUACUAUUAUGGUAUUCUAGUGAAGGCAGGGGUUGGAGAUUUCAUGACCAAGGCCCCCUCGGGUUGAUUGUCGGUGCAUCUUUGCUUUGACGGAGAGGUGGUUCGUGCCCUUAUUUUUUCCAAGUUGAACAUGCACCUAAAAAAUAUAUUCAAUAAUUUUAUUUUAUUAUAUUUUUACUUCGAAUGAGUUUAAUGUUAA